AAAAUCAGUGCCCGCCGCCGGACCGUCGUCAGUCCUGCAGACUCUCUCCCGAGGCAGACUGAACACGGGCCGAGCGCGAGCAGGUCGACAGAGACGCGAGCUUGCACCGAGCGGCACCUCGGCGGAGGCCGGCACGCCAGCAUGGCGAGGACACUGUUGCUUUUGGCCAUCGUAGUGGCCCUGGGGCUAUGCACCUCGGCCGCCCCGUUUGAAGUGCCAGACACCUCCGACCUGGAAGGCGUGGGAGGCGACGGCAGAGGCGCCAAAAUGCGUCGAUCCGUCGAGGACAUCGCUCCCCACGACCCAGCAGCCAUGCUGGAAGGCGGUGGAGGCGGCGGCGGCGGAGGCGGCGGUGGUGGUGGAGGCGGCGGGGGCGGCGGCCGCAAGCGUCGUGAUGCUGAGAACAUCAUCCUGGAAGAGAACGCAUCACUCCUUGGAGGCGGCGGCGGCGGUGGCGGCGGUGGAGGCGGCGGAGGCGGCGGUCGCAAGCGUCGUGAUGCUGAGAACAUCAUCCUGGAAGAGAACGUAUCACUCCUUGGAGGCGGUGGUGGCGGCGGAGGCGGCGGAGGUGGAGGCGGCGGCGGCGGAGGCGGCGGUCGCAAGCGUCGUGAUGCUGAGAACAUCAUCCUGGAAGAGAACGUAUCACUCCUUGGAGGCGGCGGCGGCGGUGGCGGCGGAGGCGGCGGUGGUGGAGGCGGCGGCGGUGGCGGUCGCAAACGCCGCGGGGCUGAGAACAUCAUCGUGGAAGACAAUGUAUCACUCCUUGGAGGCGGCGGAGGCGGCGGCGGUGGUGGCGGCGGCGGAGGAGGCGGAGGCGGCGGUGGUGGAGGCGGUGGCGGCGGCGGCGGUGGUCGCUAGCGUCGUCCAUAGCCCAAGCCUUCGCAGCAGUGCAACAACGGAGGCGACCGUUGAAUUACAACCCGUCAGAGCGUCAACCACCUACGCGGGAGGAGAAACAAGCGAUGAGUUAUCAUUUCGUGUGACUAUAUUGUGUCUCUUGUCAACAACAAAUAAAAUUAUGCUUCACACUUA